GCUGCCGCUCGCGUGGAUUCACCGCAGCUCGCACAUCGGGUUCGUCAGCGUCGCGGCGGGUUACGUGGCGCUGGUCCACUUCGCGAGGGCCAUACGCGUCCUGAAGGGCCUCGGCGCCGCGAUGCGGUGCGCGCUGGUGUCGUUGCUCGUGGCCCUGCUGGGCUGCGUGAUGAAGCGUCUGAUCGGGGCCAGGCUGCUGAGACCCUUCGCGACAGGCAUCAGCGUGUUCGGGCACGUGGGCUUCCUUGCCGCCGUGCUGGUGCUGUGCGCGGACCCCCACAGGUGGUGGGGUGCUGAGAAGGCCGCGCCGAACGUCACCGUCCAGCUGGGCGGCGCCCUGGUCGUCCUGCUAGUCUUCGGCGUGAGCCAAGCCCUGGACGCUCCCGGCCUGUAUGGCGCCGGCUUCACGUUCGCGUGCCUGUUGUUUGGCCAGAAGACCGUUG